AUGGAGGCGAUCGCUGAGAAGCACGCGGGCUUCAUCUCCCGCCUGACAAAGCUCCUCGAUCUCUUCGUCGCGAUGCGUUACAUAUCCCCAUCUGAUGUAAUUCGCCCACCUCACUCUUCCGAAACCGUCGCAACUUCAAUCUUCGAGAAGAUUGGCCUGGAUUCUGAGGUUAUCGGCCUGAUCAGAUCAAUUCCUGCAAUGCGCAGCGAAAUCGUCGAAGGGUGGCAGUGGUUCGGCGUUGAACUGACACCCCGCUCAAAAGCCGUGACAUACUUCGCCGACUCCGGUGACACAGAUUUCGUCGAGGAUUUGCGGUGGGGUGAAAGGUAUCAUGACGAGGAUACCAAGCUGCUACCGCCUCAUAUGCUGAGGAUUACAAGCGGUGAUACCUAUAGCGGGCACUACGAAACGAUAAUUGAGUGGUCUUCAGUUGGACCUGACCGCAACGAAUGGGAGAAAGCACCUAGACGACCAGCUGAGACCGUGCUUGAUGAGAUUGUCGCAAAGUUCCAAAGCCUGGAAUGGGUUCCGUACUAUGACCCCUCAGAGGAUGACGAUCCUUCCCAUCCACCCGCGCGCAAGAUCUUGGAAGAUCCUAUCAUUAUGCAGAACCUCUUCCCGGGAGGCAUUCGUCUUCCUACUGAGACGACCGCCGCGAUUCAGUAUAUGAGACAGCACCAUGGCUCAGAUGGUGCUGAUGGGUGGCGACGGAGGAUCAAUCGUUUCCGAGCCUGGCAAAAGAUCUAUCAAGAUUGUGGAUGGGGCUCAGCAGUUUUUGACAUCGAAGCUUUUGAACUGGAAAGAUCAAAGCUAAUUGAGGCUCUAGAAGAGCUCGAUAAUUUGGAGUCGGAGGCACGCAAUCGCCCGUGGCUUAUUUCCGUCGGUGCACAACAGGUAGUCAGAGAGGAUGCUCCCACAUUGGAACAAGUCACUUCACGGCUUGAUCACUUCCUUGUGCAAGCUGCUGGAAAGCUCGCUGUUUGA